AUGGCAACAGAGAAUAGUCAAACUCAGCCGAUAGUCGACGAGAAAACUGCCCAUGACCCUGCGCGCUCUCAAUCGUUGAUAUCAGAUCGACCUCAGGCAGACGGGGCAGCUGCUCUGGAAAGAGUCACCAGCCAUGCUGAAGACUAUCCGCACGGCCUCAAACUGGCGUCCGUCCUCCUGAGCAUUUACCUGUCCGUGUUUCUCAUUGCGCUGGAUCGAACCAUUAUUGCCACAGCACUCCCAAGAAUCACCGACGAAUUCAACAGUUUCGGUGAUAUUGGUUGGUACAAUGCUGGCUUCUUGCUGCCCACGACGGCUCUUCAACUAUUCUUUGGUCGGCUAUACACAUUCUACUCGCCAAAGUGGAUCUUCAUGAGCCUAGUCGUCGUCUUCGAGGUCGGAUCAGCUGUCUGCGGCGCCGCGCCAAACUCGGUCGGCUUCAUCUGGGGACGAGCUGUGGCAGGACUCGGUGCGGGCGGCCUAUUCAAUGGAGCCAUGAUCUUGAUGAUGUACGCCGCCCCUCUCGAGAAACGUCCCACCUAUAUGGGCUUGCUUGGUGCAGUGUUUGGACUUGCUUCUGUGGCCGGACCACUGCUGGGUGGAGUUUUUACCACCAGCGUCACCUGGAGAUGGUGCUUCUAUAUCAAUCUGCCAAUCGGUGCCGUGGUCUUGGUCUUUCUCUUCUUCGCUAUUGACAAUACCAAGCCAGCCCUUGGCGACCUCCCGUUCAGGGAGAAGCUUCAGCGUGUCGAUAUCCCAGGCACUCUUAUCUUCAUGCCAUGCAUGGUAUGCCUUCUCCUGGCACUGCAGUGGGGCGGACAACAGUACCCAUGGGGUGAUGGACGCAUCAUUGCCCUGUUUGUCCUAUUCGGCGUCUUGCUCGUUGUGUUCAUUGCCAUCCAAAUCUGGCGGCAAGAGUCAGCAACGGUGCCACCACGCAUCAUGACGAAUAGAACGAUUGCUGCCGGCAUGUUCUAUGCGUUCUGCCUCGGCGCCUCCUUCAUGCUCGUUGUCUAUUAUUUGAGUAUUUGGUUCCAGGCCAUCAAGGGCGACUCUGCCAUCAGAGCUGGUAUUUCCACCCUACCGUUCAUCCUGUCUCUGGUAGUAGCGUCCAUCAUGUCUGGGGUCUUUGUCAGUCGAAUUGGCUACUAUAUGCCAUCCAUCAUUGCCGGUGGUAUCUUGACACCCAUCGGUGCUGGACUGUUUACACUUUUUGACGUAGACACACUGCAUCCGAUGUGGAUCGGUGUCCAGGUUCUCUUCGGCUUUGGUGUGGGCCUUGGUCUCCAGCAGACCAAUAUUGCUGCUCAGGCUGUUCUGGACAAGAAGGACGCUCCUACUGGAGUCUCUGUUGUCUUCUUUGGACAAGGUCUUGGAGGCACCAUCUCGGUUGCAAUGGGUCAGAACAUCCUCGACAAUAAACUGAUAUCAGGGCUGAAAGGCGUCAACGGCAUUCGACCACAAGAUGUCGCAAGGACCGGCGCAACGAGCUUGAGAAAAGUCUUCACACCUGAACAAUUACCCGUGGUUCUCAAAGUAUACAACCACUCGCUCGUGAUUGUCUUCUACGUUGGGCUGGCCUUUGCUUUGGCUGCGAUAAUGGGUGGUAUUUGGAUGGAAUGGAAGAGUGUUAAGAAACCCAAAGCCGCAAACGAAGAGGCUCCCAAGGACGAAGAGGCACCGCCGUCGACAUGA